AGUGGGACAAAAAUGCAUCGCUGUGAGUGGAAAGUUCUUCAGGUGAUGGACCGAUGAUCCACUAAUUUAUAAACCGCCUGUUCGGUGUGAGAAGGAAAAUUACAUUCUAAUGAGAGGAGCAUUAAUUAGCAGAUAUAAAACCAACAGAUAUGUGAAACCCUCCAAACCCAUCAGCUCACUGCAAAGAGAACUCAGCUGCCUCUGUCUUAUUUAAAUUCAUGUGUCUGAGGCUCCACGUUUGCUUCAGUCCUGCUCUGUUUCACUCAAACACCACGAUUACUGAGGAGCUUUCUGCUCCCAGCAUCGGACUCAAAGAAAAUCUCAGAACGAAGCUGUUCUGUUUUUAAUCUCACACACCUGGAAUGAAGUCCUGCAGGUUCCUGUGAAUGCAGAGGGGAGGAGCUUCUCUGUUCAGGUGAGGAGGAAACAAAGUGAGUUCAGACUCUGUUUUACAGUCACAGAGCAGGAGGAGGACAACAAGUCGGUGCUGCUGGUUUAUCACUCAGACUGAAGAUGAGUGAGGAAGAGGAGGGCAGAGCAGAGUCUCCAGGAUCCAGCUGUGUGUCUAUGAAGAGUGACCAUUCGAAACAUUUUCCUCCAGUCUUCAGUGAUGAACCUGGACCCUCAGACACAAAAGCUCAGCAGCACAGACACAGAGCAGAGUCUCCAGGAUCCAGCUGUGUGUCUAUGAAGAGUGAUCAUUCCAAACAUUUUCCUCCACUCUUCAGUGCUGAACCUGGACCCUCAGACACAAAAGAGAAGAAGAGGAGUCGUGUCUGUGAGGAGGAGCCGCUGUCCUGCUGUGCUGUGUGUCAGGACGUCCUGAAGGAUCCGGUCUCUACCAGCUGUGGACACUGGUUCUGCAGACAGUGCAUCUCCUCAUACUGGGACCAGUCUGCUUUAUCAGGAGACUCCUCCUGUCCUCAGUGUGGACAAAGAUCCAGAACCAGAGCUGGACUGCAGACAGCCAGUCAGAGCAGCUGUGGACAAACAGAUGCUGGUCUGCAGGAGGUUUUAGAGGAACAUAAGAUCAGUCUGAGGAGGACGUGUGAACGUGUGACUGAAGGAAGUGAUCAAACAGGAAGUGGAACCCUCCUGAACAGGAUCUACACUGAGCUCUACAUCACAGAGGGACAGAGUGAAGAGAUUCAUACCCAACAUGAGGUGAGGCAGCUGGAGACAGCUUCCAAGAUGGACGCCCUCUAUGACAGACCAAUCAGGUGCCACGACAUCUUUAAAGCCUUCCCUGACCAACAGAGACCCAUCAGAGUGGUUCUGACCAACGGCGUCGCUGGAGUUGGAAAAACCUUCUCAGUGCAGAAGUUCAGUCUGGACUGGGCAGAGGGCUUGGAGAACCAACAUGUCAGUGUGGUGAUGCUGCUUUCAUUCAGGGAGCUGAACCUGAUCAGAGAUCAGCAGUACAGUCUUCUGGAGCUGCUCCAUGUUUUCCAUCCAACAUUACAGAAGGUCCCAGCAGAGAAGCUCGCUGUCUGGAAGCUUCUGUUCAUCUUUGACGGCCUGGAUGAAAGCAGACUUUCAUUGGAUUUCACCAACAGGAAGCUCGUGUCUGAUGUCACACAGAAGUCAUCAGUCAGCGAGCUGCUGACAAACCUCAUCGAGGGGAAGCUGCUUCCCUCCGCUCUCGUCUGGAUAACUACCCGACCUGCAGCAGCCAAUCGGAUCCCUCCUAGAUGUGUUGACAGGGUUACGGAAGUACGAGGCUUCACUGAUGCCCAGAAGGAGGAGUACUUCAGGAGGAGAUUCAGUGAUGAAGAGCUGUCCAGCAGAAUCAUCUCCCACAUGAAGACAUCCAGUAGCCUCCACAUCAUGUGCAGCAUCCCAGUCUUCUGCUGGAUUACUGCUACAGUUCUGGAGCACAUGUUGACCACAGAGCCGAGAGGAGAGCUACCCAAGACCCUGACUGACAUGUACUCACACUUCCUGCUGGUUCAGACGAAGAGGAAGAAGAACAAGUACCAUGAGGGACAUGAGACGAGUCCACAGGAGCUGACGGAGGCUGACAGGGAAGUUCUUCUGAAGCUGGGGAGGCUGGCGUCUGAACAUCUGGAGAAAGGAAACAUCAUGUUCUACCAAGAAGACCUGGAGCAGUGUGGUCUGGAUGUGACAGAGGCCUCGGUGUACUCAGGAGUUUGUACAGAGAUCUUCAAAAGGGAGUGUGUGAUCUUCCAGAAACCAGUCUACUGCUUUGUUCAUCUGAGCAUUCAGGAGUUUCUGGCUGCAGUCUACAUGUUCCACUGUUUCACCAGCAGGAAGAUGGAGGUGCUGAAGGACUUCCUGAGAAAAGACAUCUCCUCUUUGGAUGACUUUCUGAGCAGUGUCAUGCAGAAAUCCCUCCAAAGUAAAAAUGGCCACUUGGACCUGUUUGUUCGCUUCCUUCAUGGCCUCUCUCUGGAGUCCAACCAGAGACUCUUAGGAGGUCUGCUGGGUCAGACAGAGAACAGUCCAGAAACCAUCCAGAGAGUCAUCAACAACCUGAAACAGAUGACCACUAAUCAUGUUUCUCCUGAUAGAAGCAUCAACAUCUUCCACUGUCUGAUGGAGCUGAAGGACCUCUCAGUACAUCAGGAGAUCCAAGAGUUCCUGAAGUCAGAGAACAGAUCAGAGAAGAAACUCUCUGAGAUCCAGUGCUCAGCUCUGGCCUACAUGCUGCAGAUGUCAGAGGAGGUUCUGGAUGAGUUGGACCUGCAGAAGUACAAAACAUCAGAGGAGGGACGACGGAGACUGAUUCCAGCUGUGAGAAACUGCAGAAAGAUUCGACUUUCUGGCUGCGCACACUUUGGACUCUCAGAGGGUCACUGUGAAAUCGUGGUCUCAGCACUGAAGGCCGACCCCUCCCAUCUCAGAGAGCUGCACCUGAAGAAAAACUGUGACCUGCAUGAUUCAGAAGUGAAGCAGCUGUUUGGUGCUCUGGAGAGUCCAAGCUGCAGACUGGAAACUCUGAGACUGAUGCACUGUGGUUUGUCAGAGAUCAGAUGUGGUGCUCUGGUCUCUGCAAUGAAGUCCAACCCCUCCCAUCUGAAACAUCUGGACCUGAGUGGCAACAACCUGCAGGAUUUAGGAGUGAAUCAUUUGUGUGGUUUUCUGGCGAGUCCACACUGCAAACUGGAGAUUCUGAGCCUGAAUAACUGCAGUUUGACAAAGAUCAGCUGUGAUGCUCUGGUCUCUGCUCUGAAGUCCAACCCCUCCCAUCUGAAACAUCUGGACCUGAGUGACAAUAACCUGCAGGAUUCAGAUGUGAAGCAGCUGUCUGAUCUUGUGGAGAGUCCACACUACAGCCUGGAGGAUCUGAGGUGGCAGUGAUGGUCAACAGGACGGAGUGUGCUGAGCGCUACGGUUGACGUUGAUCCUGAGAUCAUACGAAAAGGGAAUCUUGAAGAUUCAAAUGGGCUUCAUCAAGUGUUUAUCUGUAUGAUUAAUUACACAAUAAAUUGUUGGAGCAAGAACCCCAAAGGCAGGAAAACACAGCGGUAAGGCAACCAUUCCACUGAUGGGCUUCAUUUGGAUUAUGGACUCUGGAACUGGAGGAACUUUCUUCACCUCUGUGGCACGACUAAAACUUCUGAAUGAUGGAUCUCAAACGGCUACGCUCAGCAUCAUCUUAUUUACAAAGAAUUGUUCAUUUUUCUUGGAUAAAUCAGAAAUAUUUUGCCAAUAAUUUGAUUUCUGGAAAGAAAUAUGGCAUCAUAAUUUCAGUAAAAAUAAAAGCACAAACUUGAUAUAGACUAAGUGGGUGAAAGUUUCCACAAAAUAGGAUUUAGAGAGUCUGAAAUGUGCACACAGGAUUCACAGUGUGUUCACAUAUCUGUUGUCUGGCACUGGACUCCACUCAGGGUUAUAGAACAUUGAUCACACAUUCUGGACUGAUACAUCUCUUUAUCCCCCAAAGUUUACAUUGAACACUUAUCAGAUUUACAGUUAUAAACCUCGACUGUACAAAAUCUCUUUACGGUUUUAACACAAAGAAAGGAACCUUCUUAAAGUGGAAACCAAAGAACAAUUUAAAUAUCUCACAGUAGAAGAAGCUUCUAUUAGAUCAUCCAUCAUCCUGGAUAUCCAUAUACUCCUGCAAGGACUGUUGCUUAUAAUUCUGAAUGAUUAUUCUGUUAACAUAAGGUGUUAAUAAUG